UGCUGUUGAUUUUCCCGUUAAAAUUUCAAACAAAAUUUGAUCGACAAUGCCACCAAAACGUCAACAGAACAGCCGCAAAAGCGUCAAAUCGUUGGAAUCUGUUUCCCCCGUCCAUCCCGAGCCGCCGAAUGUGUUCUUGUAUGUGCAACUGUCCGGCUUAUGCCGAAAGAGCCUGCCAGUCACGAUCCAUCCAUUGGAGCUGCAUUUAAAGCAGGGCGACAGUUUGAUCAUCAAGUGCGAUGAGCACUACAACACCGAUGGCAUUAUACGGCAGAGCGAGUUCGAUGCGAGGCCCACGUUCACGCUGGUAUUCCAGCAGGAGAACUUGGACCGCAUUAAUCAUGCAGCCGACAAUCCGCUGCUCAUUAUGUUGUACAUGCGACAGAGCGAUCCAUCGGUGCACGGCGACGAGGAGCAGGAGGAGGAGUCGCUGGAGGGCCAAUUCACUGUCGAAACACAGGGCACACAGGAGCCUUUUCACAGGAAGACUUUUUCGGUUGCCAGUAUUCUGGACCACAGUGAGCGCGACGAGGUCAACUACUACCCAGAGAAGGUGGAGCUGGUGCUGCUCUGCGCCGGCUAUUUGGAUGUGAUCAAGCUGUUUGGCCAUUAUCGCAGCAUGAUCAAGGAGAGCCUCUACCUCUAUCCCCUGCCCGAUGUGCCCAACGAGCUGCGCACCACCGUACACACGGAAUGGGAUCUGUACACACUGCUGCCCAUUGCCAAGGAGCUGACAUUCACCAACAUGUGCUUCAUAACGUUCGAGUCGAUAUACAAUCUGAGGGAGGAGUACCUGCUGGAUGUGCCCUCCAUGUCGAUCAAACUGAGCUUUCGCUCCAAGCUGCCCAACGAGCGCAACGAGUACCAGAUGCUGCCACUGUGCGAGUUCUCGAAGCUGGAACAGGCCUGCAUAGGCAAGCAGUUCAUGAACCAUGUCUUUGAGUGCUUCCGCCAGACCAUACCCGAAUACAGGACGACCGGCCUGAAGUCCACCAUGGAGGUGGAGAUGCACAAACUCUUCGCGCAGCUGGCCCUGUCCGAGGGCAUGGAGGUGGACUUUAAUGUGAUUGACAAUGUCUUCGAUGAGGCGAUCAUCUGCAAUGGCUUCCAUCGCUAUAUACUCACCAAGCAGCUGUCCGAUAUUCUGUCCGAUGCAAUUAUCUGCCAGAAGUACGAUAUAGCAGUGGAGGUUUUUCAGUCGAGCACCAACCAGCGGGUGUUUCACGGCAUUCUCGAUCCAUCCAUAAUGGUAUUUCCAGGCGUUCAAACCAUGCGCUUUGCCGUCAAGCUGGAGUACGUGGGCAAGCGAAAGUCCCGGGCCAAGCGGCAGACCAUCGUCAGCAUUCAGAGUCAGCGCAGUGGCAAGAGCGAAAUGGCACCCAUGAUGCCCACAUUUGCCAUCAUCAAGCUGUGCCUGCUGGCGCCGAUCAGUGCGAUCUAUCAGGAGCUCAAAAUAUUCCGCGAGAGUUUCAUCAGCCAGAACCGGCUGCUGUUCUGCGAUCAGCCGUACAAGGAGCCCAAGCUGGUGGACUUGGCGGAGAUCCAACGCGAGUCGUAUGCACGCUUCGACAAGUUUAUGCGCGAAACCAUCGCCUAUAUUGUCAAUAAGAACGUGAAGGCGCUGGAGGAUCGUAAGCAGCACUUUUGCUGCGACAUUCACAACCUAACCAACAUUCUGAUGAAGCUGGUGGGCAGCGAUUUCAAUACGCGCACCCCCACCAAAACGAAUGUGGAAUUUAAGAACUUGUGCGCCGAGGCCUACAACGAGCUGGAGCAUCGCAUCUAUAGAAUUAUGAAUAGGGUCGAGGAGGAGGGCUUUGAUAACUUCGUUGUAAGUCCGCACAUACAAAUGGAUCAAAUCAUCGAUCACCUGAAUGCCAUCAAGCUGCUGCAUGCUGUCAAGGAUGAUCGCAUGGCCAAGUUUGUGCUUGAGAAGGCCUCCAUCGAAAAGCCAAACGAUGAACGCUUGAAUUUCUUUAUGGUUAUCGCGCACAUGGAACGUGGCGAAUAUGCGGAGGCAAAGGCAUAUUUCAGCUCACACGGCUACCGGGUGCCCGAAAGCUACGAAUACUUUGCGGACUGGAUCAAGCUGUACAUAAGCCAUUUGGAUACGCGUGACGAUCCGGAAACGGCUGCCAACAGCACAGAGUGUCUGCUGCGCAGCCUUAUCCGCUUCUCAAAGGCGAAUCCACUGCAGCAGGAUGGCUGGAUCCUGCUGUACUGCUACUAUAAGAAAUACGACUAUGUGCCCGGCUGUGCCUAUGCCCGUUGGCAUUUCGAGGAGCAACUGAAGCAGGGGCGUUCGGGUUCGUCCACCGCGCCGUACAGCUUAUGGGGCAUAUUUCUGACCAUUAAUCCCGAGUUUUCCACGACGCGCGGCAACAUAUUCUUUGAGGUUUUCCGAAUAUUCGUGCGCUUGGGCCUCUAUGAGUUUGCCCAGGUGGUGUUUUCCGUGGUGGAGAAUCAGUGCUCCGAAUCGAAUCGCUAUUUGAUCAAUACGCAGCUGAAAAUUCUGCUCAAUCGAUUGGAUGAUAAGUUUGUGGUGCGAACCUUUAGCUUUAAAGACGAUGAGAGAAUGGCCGCCUUGAAUGCCCAGGUCAAUGGCAAUGUGGAGUACCAUCGCGGCAAUCUGGCGAAGGCAGCCGCCUUCUAUAGCGUCACCAUGCAGCUUCCCGAACGCGAUGAGAACGAGCGGGACUAUUUUGUGGUCAGCAAACUGCGCUUGGGUUACAUUGCCUACGAGACUGGCGACUAUCUCAGGGUCAUUGAGGCCCUCAACUAUCCGUAUAUUGGCAAGCUGCUGCCAAUGCUCUCCAGCUAUCUGAUGGGCAAGGCCUACUACAAGCUGGACAACCUCGAUAUGGCACUGGAGUGCUUUAUCCAAUGCACCCAACUACAGAAUCAUGUGCCCAGCAUUUGGGGUUUCCUGGCGCUGAUCAAUCUCCGUUUGGGUGAAAACUAUAAAGCCCUGGAGUGCUGGAAAUAUGCUAAGAUUGAUCCCCUAGUGGAAAUCGAUGAUGAGAUGAUCUAUGAGGAGCUGGCAGCCAUCGAUUGUGACACCGUUGAUAUGUUCAUCGAUGUGCCGGGCCACUACAGCGAGGUAUCCUUUUUGGGUCAGUUCAGUGAUAUGAACCGCUGAUUCCAUGACUGAUUUUGUGUACAUACUCGUAUAUAUAUUUUAUUUUUCGUGGCAUGGCAUGGAGAACCCAUAAAUCUAAAA